UUUUACCAAGAUCGAGUCAAGGUCAACAUGAAUUUUUUAAAUAGGAACCACUAUUUUUUAUUGCGUAGUAUACUAUUUUUUCUUGUAGCUAAAGUCGAGGUUUUCAGACCAAUAUAAUAAAGUAUUUUUUUGUUAAACAUUUUUCGAGUUAUAAAACUUGACCGUACUGCUGACAUUACCCAGAUAACAAAAUGCUCACAUAACGAUCGCAUGGUGCAUGCACACGAGCGAGUACUCGCACGCGUGUGACCUUCAUACGCACUCAGAUGCGUCCUCAUAUCAUUCGCACACGUGUACACUAGUUUGAUAUUCGAAAAAAAAUAUUAGUCAUAUUUAAGGUUUACAAAUCCUAAGACAUAUAUAAUAUUAUCUAUACCUGAAAUUAACUACUUCAAAUUGAUAUUAAAAAACGCUUAUUUAGAAUUCGAACCUAGGACUUCUGGAUUAUGAAUCUUCUGCGACUACAUCAUUUCUUCAAUUGAUAAUGUAACGGAAUAUGGACAAACCUAAUUCGGAUAUACAGUAUGAGCCAGAAAAACUGCAACGAUUUCAUGAAUCUGUUGCCAAUCCAUUAGCCUAUAAGGAAAAGGUAACAAUGAGAAUUUUGCACCAGUGGGCAAUGGUCAAUGCAUUUCUGUUCAAACAUUUCACUUUCUUUGCCAGCAAUACCUGGGUCACCAGAUUUAAACGGAGAUAUAACAUUAAGCAAAGAAAAAUUACAAGAUUUGUGAGCACUCGUCAAUAUACAUCAUUAGAAGAAAUCCAAGAAGCAACUAAAAAAUUUCAAAUUCAAACUAUAUCAUGUCGGAUUUUAAUUUGAACUUUGUAACAAAUACUAAUCAAACCGAUUGCAAUUAUCAAAUUCCAUAUAAUAAAUCGCUUGCAACGCAAAAACCGUUCUAGUACAAAAGACAAGUUUACAUGAUAUAAUACAUUCAUAUACAUCAUAAUAUUCUUUAAUUGCAUCGAGUGAAUUACUACCUAUUGUCUUCUUAUGUAUGAAAGAAUCAUCGGUAAAAUUUGGUUUUUUAUUAUUAAAAAAAAAAGAA